AUGGAACCCCCACCGCCUCCCGACCACCACUUCGCUCCGAUAGACCCACACAUGGAACCCUUCCAUGACUUUGUUGAUGACCGCUUCGUCGAAGACCCUGUACACUACGAAGAGCGCAUACCAAAUGUCCAACAGCGCUUGGAUAGGAUGUCGCUCGAUGGCGACGUCCCGGAAAUCCGACCCCGCGUUGAGCGUCACAGAUUCGCAGACAUGUUACCCCUCCCACAAGAUUACCUGUACUACCGUCUGUCGAAACGCGGCGAUGAUUGGAGCUCAUGUGUGAAGAAGCCUAUCCCGGCUCCCAUCGAUGAAAUUGAGAGGAAGGCCAAGAAAAGUAAGGGCGGCGAUGCGCCAAUCCUGGAGCAACUGACCAAGAUGCCGACUUUGCGGCGCGACAUGUUGGAUGAGGUUAUCCGCAAGGCCAAUCACCAAGAGUCGGGCGAUGCCUACUGGGAGGUGGUCUAUAUCAAGUCGAAAAAGAUACAGACAAGGAGGGGUAAGACGGAAGUGCCGGAAAUGGAUGUGAUCCUGGCCCGGACCAAAGGCCGAACCAAGUCCCGGACCAAGUCUUCUGCCAACAGUGGCGAGAGGGUCAAGCGAGAAGUCGUGAAAGAGAAGAAGUACAUUAGUGACAGCUAUGGCCGGGUCAGGAAAGACUCGGUGCUGGACAAGUUGGAGGAUCCAGUUGCAAAUCUUCCUGUUUUUGAGGCUGAUGGCAGACCAAGGGACGAUCUUGGACCGAUGCACUUCAACAAUUCCAAUCUGCCGCCUCACAUCGCCAGGGAAAUGCCACUGGGUACCAACCUUGAAAAGAAGAAGGAGAAGGUGGAGAAGAGGAAAAGUAGAUCUCGAAGCAAAUCACGCGAGCGUGGCCUUCUUCAUCACCAAGACGGGGUCUUUGUAGUCCCUGAUGUCCACGACUUUGCUGGCGAGAGUGCUGACCCAACCACCGUCGACGGUAUGCUCGCCGACGAGCCAAUGGAUCGUCGCGGUCGGCGAGGACAAUCGCCACACGAACAUCCAGUGGUGAUUGAGGACGAUCAUCGACGGUCUCACUCUCGACACCGUCCCGACGGUCGCUCAAAGUCUCGUCCGCGCAAAGAAUCUGUUCACUUCCCUAACGGGCAUACUCGCCAGUACUUCGACGCAGCCGACGGCUCUUCCGAGAACAGUGAUACCAGCCACUACGGCUUUGUUGGCGACCACGAAAGCUCGACCACAUCGAUCAGCACGCAUGGCGCUAUACCUCGCCGAGGGAGUCUCGUUCGCGGGGGCCGCCCGGACGUUGAGUAUAAGAAGCACCACCCGGGACCUAACAGGAGACUGUCCUACCAGGAAAAGCCGUACCAUGGUGAGCAGCACGUGAUCCUACCAGCGAGACCAGCGCGUCGAGACUCAAAUGUCAUCUAUCACGAAAGACCACCCGAGGUUCGCUAUGAGCGUCCCUAUCCGCGAUUAACCAGGCGAGAGACUGCCCCUCCUAUCCCAGAAGACCAUCAAAUCCUCUAUCAUGAGCCUCUCCCGCGAACCAGUGAGCGCGACCUCGUCCCUCUCCGCCGUUCCUAUACUGCUCGCGAGCCAAUUCUUCAUCAGCACCCUCGAGACGACGAAGAACUCUACUACCGUGAUGAGCUUGACCGCCAAAGCUACCGUGCCGAAGGCUACCAGCGCGAUCGCGUCAUUGAAGACCACUUCAACCGGCGUGAGCUAGAACUCAGCGCCCGAGAGCGCGAAUUGGAAAUCAGAGAAGAUGAACUGAGACAGCUGAGGCGGCAACGCGAACGCGAGCUUGAAAGAGAUCGCGACUACUUUGACGACAGAGAUGUUCGGAAGGAGCGGAGAGAGUCGAGGCAGAUCUUCUAUGACCCGAAGACUGGCCAGGCCAAUUACUAUAAUGAUUGA